ACUCCUUCCUCAGCCAUGGCCACCUCCCAUCUCGUCUCCUCCUUCUUCUUCUUCUUAACAUCACUUCUUCUUCUCCUUCCAUCCUCCCACUCCACUCCAUUCGGCGGCCGCACCGCUCCGGCCACCGUGCCCCCAUCCGACGUCGAUCUCCUCGAGUUCCCCUUGAACCUAGAGUACCUCGAGGCAGAGUUCUUCCUCUUCGGCGCCUUGGGCCACGGCCUGGACGUUUACGCCCCCAACUUGACCGCCGGCGGCCCACCGCCCAUCGGCGCCCGCAAGGGCAAUCUCGACCUUAUCACGCGUGACAUCAUCGAGCAAUUUGCAUGGCAAGAAGUCGGCCACGUGAAGGCGAUUAAAAACAGCGUGAAGGGAUUUCCGAGGCCACAGCUCGAUCUGAGCGCUGCAACGUUUGCGAAGGUGAUCAAUGACGCAUUUGGAAGGCCAUUGUCGCCGCCUUUCGACCCUUACGCCAAUGGGAUCAACUACCUCAUCGCCUGUUACCUCAUUCCGUACGUUGGGCUCACUGGGUAUGUUGGAGCCAACCCAAAACUCCAAGGCCCAGGUUCUAGACAGCUGCUGGCGGGGCUGCUGGCGGUGGAAUCGGGGCAAGACGCGGUGAUAAGGGCGCUGCUGUACGAGCGGGCGAUGGUGACGGUGCGUCCGUACGGGAUCACGGUGGCGGAGUUCACCAACCGGAUCUCGGUGCUGAGGAACAAGCUGGGGAGCGCCGGGAUCAAGGACGAAGGGCUACUGGUUCCCAGGGUGUUGGGAGCCGAAGGCAGAGUGAGAGGCAACGUGCUGGCCGGCGACGAGCUCUCGCUCGGCUACGGGAGGACACCGGAGGAGAUACUGAGGAUUGUGUACGGCGGCGGGAAUGAGUCCGCGCCUGGCGGGUUCUACCCUAAGGGCGCCCGCGGUCGCAUUGCCGAGUCUCACUUGGCCCAUAUGUAGAAGAAAUAAAGGUCGUUUAAUUUUAGAGUGUUGCUGAUGGAUUUAUGCCGUAGUUUUUGUGUUUGUUUCGUCCAGGUAAUAAAAGUUGGGAGUAUUUUGUCCCAAAACAAGAAAGCUGGGGUGGUUUUUGUGAGAUGGUCUUGUUUAGAUAUUUGAAAUAGAAAGAGUAAGGAAUAAGAUAGGAGGCAAUGGAAGAUACAUCUUUUUGUCUUGCAGAAAGAUAAGUAGGUUGGGU